CACCUGAGAAUUCCGCCGACGAUUAAAUGGCGCUGGCGUCUAUCGGCGCGAUGUUCUCACUCCUAAUCUAUCUCUCUCUUCCAUGUUCAAAUGCGGCUGCUGAAAACAUUCUCCACCAAUCUCCUCCUCCCGCCGACGGAUCACGCAGUCCAAUGGUGUUCCCGUUGUUUCUCUUUCAACCCAAUUCUUCGAGAUCCAUGUCUCUUCUCCAUCGAAAGCUCCACUCAAAAUCACUCCCUCACUCUCGCAUGAGACUCUACGACGAUAUUCUUCUUAACGGGUAUUACACGACGCGUCUAUGGAUCGGUACACCCCCACAGAUGUUCGCUCUCAUAGUUGAUUCCGGCAGUACUGUCACUUACGUUCCUUGUUCCGACUGCGAACAAUGUGGCAAACAUCAGGACCCAAAGUUUCAGCCGGAGAUGUCCACCACGUACCAACCAGUGAAGUGCAACAUGGACUGUCACUGUGACGACGAUAAAGAACAAUGCCUUUACGAGCGUGAGUACGCCGAACACAGCAGUAGCAAAGGCGUCCUCGGAGAAGAUCUUAUAUCGUUCGGGAACGAAAGCGAGCUUACACCGCACCGAGCUGUUUUCGGUUGUGAGAAUGUGGAGACUGGUGAUCUCUACAGUCAACGUGCUGAUGGCAUUAUUGGGUUAGGACAGGGAGAUCUCAGUCUUGUUGAUCAGUUGGUGGAUAAAGGUUUGAUCAGCAACUCUUUUGCUUUGUGUUAUGGAGGGAUGGAUCUUGGUGGAGGCUCCAUGGUUCUUGGUGGGUUUGCUUACCCGUCUGAUAUGAUGUUCACUGACUCUGACCCUGACCGUAGUCCAUAUUACAAUAUAGAUUUGACGGGGAUACGUGUCGCUGGGAAGGACUUGUUGCUGGACUCGAGAGCGUUUGAUGGAGAACAUGGAGUUGUUUUAGAUAGUGGUACUACGUAUGCUUAUCUCCCUGACGCAGCGUUUUCAGCUUUUGAGGAAGCUUUAAUGAGAGAAGCUUCCCCAUUAAAGAAGAUUGAUGGCCCUGAUCCAAAUUUUAAAGAUACUUGUUUCCAUGUUGCUCCAAGCAACGAUGCCGCUGGACUUUCAACGAUAUUUCCAUCAGUGGAAAUGGUGUUUAAGAGUGGACAGUCAUGGCUGUUGUCCCCUGAAAACUACUUGUUUCGACAUUCCAAGGUGCAUGGUGCAUACUGUCUUGGUGUAUUCCCAAAUGGUAAAGAUCAUACAACUCUUUUAGGAGGAAUUGUGGUUCGCAACACACUUGUUGUGUAUGAUCGUGAGAAUUCUAAGGUUGGAUUCUGGAGAACCAAUUGUUCUGAGUUAUCAGAUAGGCUUCAUAUUGAUGAUUUAGCACCACCACCUGCCACAUUGCCUUCAAAUGAUUCAAAUCCAACCCUCAACACAUCAAGCAGUCUCCCAGGAGGGGAGAUUCAGAUUGGUCAAAUAAACCUUGAUAUCCAACUAACUGUCAAUUCGUCAUAUCUGAAACCUCGCAUGGAAGAGCUCUCCAAGGUAUUAUCUAAGGAGCUGGAUGUCAAAUCUUCACAGGUCUAUAUAUCGAACCUCACCUCCAAAGGAAACAACUCUCUCAUUAGAGUAGUUGUCGUUCCUACUGAACCUUCUAGUUUAUUCUCCAAUGUCACAGAAACGAGCAUAGUUUCUCGGUUUACCAAUCAUCAAAUCAAGCUUCCUGACACCUUCGGAAACUAUGAGCUCGUUAGUUACACACUCGAGCCUUCAAGAAAACGGGCAAGAUGGGUGAUGAAAAACAACAUUGUGGUGAUGGCAAUAUUGAUCGUUGCUGUAGUUGUUGGCUUAAUAGCUUAUGGAGUCUGGUUGAUGUGGAAACGCAAACAAGCAUCAAAUCCAUAUAUACAUGUAGAUGAAGCCAUAAUCGCUGAGCAAGAGCUGUUACCUUUAUAAAAAAAUAACCCUCGUAAUACCUUGUUUUCCUCAACCUUAUCAUACAAACUGUUUGGUCUUUACUCAAAAGACAGGACACCAACUGUCUUUUAUUUUUAUGGCAAAGGAUACCAACUGUCUUUAUGAUCU